UGUGAUGCUGUAGAGAUGCCCCUUUUAACUUUCCUAACAUAUUAUAUUAACUCGUAUUCAGUAAAACUGAAUUGUAUGUGCUCCAGCUUUCUACAGCAUUUAAAGUAAUGUGUAUUCAAAUCAUGAGCUUAGAUGUUUGUAUUUAAGAUACACCUGACAGAAUAUUAGAAGGUCUAACAACAGUGGUGUAGCUGUACAAUAUUAUCUAUUGAUUGGGUAGGAGCGCACAUAAACAGUGUGCUGUCAGACGCGGGAAGCUGCAAUACGUCCAUGUGCAUGAGAAGUGAAAGGCUUAGUCUCCUGUCAAACACCGAAGUGUAAGGUCUAUCUUUAUCAGCAGGAGAGGAUCUUGACUAAAUCUGUUUACAUAUGUCACUUUUACGCGUCACCAAACAUAGGCUGCUGUUCCGUGAAAGAUUACAUUUUUUCACGUUUUUAUUUUUUUCAUUUUUCAUCUUCCUUUCUCAUUUGCUUACGGUUUGGAGCUGACGCAUACUGGCGCAAUUGCAUUUACCUGGGGAUGAACGUAGUAAAAAGAAAAGACGGGAAGGUAUAAGGUAUAAUGAACUAGUUAAUCGCUCUAGGAAUCCUUUUCAUCAGGUAGAACGCACAACAGAAGCUCUUGAUAAGAAGAAUUGGGAGCGACUGAGGUGGCACUUAGCCUAGAGAGUUUCUUUUCUUCUGUUAACUAAUUAGUUCCAAGCCUGGAUAUAGCUUUGUGGAUUGAACUAAAACCUCUUUAGUUCUGGGCUUUGAAACAUCUGGAUUCUGCUAAUUUUACAUCUGGAUGGGAAGAUUUGGAAGACUGCAUGGGUUUUAAGAAUGGAAAGGGAUUAAGAAUGGUCUUUUUGUAACCCAAAGGAGGUUGAGAGGUGCACUAAAGGAGCGGGGCAGCAGGAGCUGAUCAUGUAUGGAAUUACCCCUUGGAAAUAACAGCUUAUUUUGAUGGAUUCACACAGGUAUAGCAAGGAUGAGUAAUAGAUAUACACAGAAAGCAACAAAAGGGAAACUACUUCUAAUUAUCUACAUGAUAUCCCUUUGGGGGAAAUCGGUGUCAGCAGCAGGCCACCAUAAAGUUCACCAUGUCAAAACUGGAACAUGUGAAGUUGUGGCAAUUCACAGAUGCUGCAACAAGAACAAGAUAGAAGAAAGAUCUCAAACAAUAAAAUGCUCCUGCUUUCCAGGACAAGUGGCGGGGACAACACGUGCUGCCCCAUCCUGUGUAGAUGCCUCAAUUGUGGAACAGAAAUGGUGGUGUCAGAUGCAUCCAUGUCUGGAUGGAGAAGAAUGUAAAGUUCUACCAGAUCUUAAAGGUUGGAGCUGUGCUACAGGGAAUAAAGUAAAAACAACUAAGGUAGCUCGAUAGUUGAAGAUCUCAAUGCCCUGUUUCCACUCCAAAAUUCUUUGCACGCUUCAAGUGAACUGAAGUCCCCUGAAAGUUGAAGUUUACUGUACAUAAAAAAUAAGAUCUUAUAUUAAUGGAGAAGGAAUCUUUUGUUGGAUAAAAAGCAGAAAAGCACAAGAGCCUUUAAAUAAAAUGAAGACAUGCUUGUCUGAAUUAUCAGAAAAAGGACUCAAUUCUACUUUUUUUAAAAAAAUGCUUAAAAAAGAGAAGAGUUUUCUUUGCAUAGCAACAUGCUCUGGGUCUCAAUGGUAAAGAAAGAAUAUUGUUAUCAUGGUGAGUACAAUAAUAAAUAAGCAGUGUCUUAACGGGCAAGACUGUGUACUCUCAAAUUUCCUUUCCUCACUAAUCAGAACUACAUAUAUAAGAUCAAUUUAAAUAUCUAAUAAGCUUUUGCAAUACAGUUGAAUUGUCUUUGUUGUAUGAAGGCUAAACUGUUAAAUGGUGAUAAAAGGAAAAGUAUUGCCUGCCAAAAUCUGUAAAUCAUACAUAAAAGGUUGCUGUCCUAAUCAAAGUUGAAUUUUUUAAAGCUGUACUAAGGGAGUAUGUCCUAGAACUUAAAUAAAGUUAUCAUUCUUUAAAUUAUAUCAAUUUUUUCUCAAUUAGAUCAUCAUUAACAUCUUGGUGUGCUAUAUUUUUACAUACUGUGUAGUAAACAUAAUAAACUUUUCAAGGUUUCAUAUUAUGUAUACUAUAUUAUGUCCAUUAUGAAAACAUUGAGUUUUCUACAUAUGUGUUAGAGUAAAGUUUUUGAAGGUUUUAAAUAAGAAUAUGUAUCUUCUAUCAUGACUUUUGUAUGUAGUAGCUAUAUAAGACUAACAAAUAUAUACAGUACACAGGACAGCACAGUGGGGGGGGUGGUCAGAAUUGCUGCCUCAUGGCUAUGAGGUGCUGGGUUGGUUUCUGCUUUUGGGUGUACAGAUGCAGCCAUUCAAACUUCCCGGUACAAACCCGUACCGCACACAACUACGCACAAGCCACCAGACCUUACCGCGGUACAUGAUUGGCUGGCCACAAAUGACCGACAGGGGCACUCGUGGUGCAU